GUAUCGCCGUCGGUCAAAAUGAGCGAGUCCCCCAUCGAACCGGAUAGUACGCCCUGCCCUUCUCCCCGGCCUCACAUACCGGUUGAGAUCAUCAGCGACGAGGAAAUGGCUCUCAUCGACGCUGCCCUAGCCGCCGCCUGCCCUUCCAUCUCCUGUUCGACUCAGUUGCAGAGAGGCGUCAGGUCCAUCCACUCGAUUACUCUGUUAUCAAAGCGGCGGGUUUCUGGGUGCACGGAGUCUGGAUCAUCGCCGACCCGUGAUGUUGAAGAUGUUGGGAAUCGGAUUGUAAGCCCCCGCAAGAAGAACCGGCUCAAGGAAUCACUUUUACAGCGGUUCAGGCGAAAAAGGGGAUUGGCUGUUACUGAUAUUACUGCAACGGAAUGGUGUGAAAAACAAAUGGAAUAUUUCCUUCUUCUUGGUAAACCAGAAGCCAGCAAAGCUAUGAAAGCCGGUAGCCUGAGGCAUGCCGCUCUUGAAGAAGAGGUGAUAAAAAGAGUAAAAGUUCAAACUCAAUGUAUUGAAGAUGUAUGGGCAAUCAAGCUCAUGAAUUUUGUGGUUGGUGCCAACCAGUUGUUAUUUGAUGGCUUGACACGCGAGUUACCCAUAGUAGGAUUCGCGGAAGGUGUGUGGAUGGUUGGAGUGAUAGAUGAAAUACGAAUGCGUUCGGAAGAAAACAAGAGAUUCCCCAUCUUAGUUGACACGAAAACACGCAUGCGGCCUACUCUUCCUUCCGAAGCACAACGAAGGAAUGGAAGGCUUCAACUAAUGUGCUACAAGCACAUCUGGGACAACUUGGUUGCUGAUGAAUUUCCCUUUGCAAAGUUCUUUGAUUUCUUUUCUUUAAAUCCCAACUGUAUCUUAUCACAAGAAAUCCGGGCUAAUACAACCAGGUCGGGUUUUCCAGCAGAGACUCUCAGUGAUCUCGUGAGGUACUUUCGGAAUACGUGUUCUAUGCUUCCCCGAGCACAUAAUCAGCUUUUGUUGAGGUACGAAUUGCAAGGGGGUGAAACGUUGCUGGGUGAAGACGAAUUCGAGCAUGACUCGAAUUGGAUCAAUGAUCAAAUAAGGUCUUGUUUAGAGUUUUGGAGAGGUGAUCGCGAAGCCAGUUGUGCUCCAAUGGAGGAGCGUUGGAAAUGCAAGAGCUGCAGCUUUGCUUCUGUUUGUCCUGCUUCUUCUUCUUCUUCUCCAACUUCCUAGCCAUGGGAGCAGAAGGAAGAAAAGAAGAACACUUUCUUCAAAUAAUGAUCUGCAGAAUCCAACGAAUUUAUACGGCUUGGGAACUCGGGUCUUUCUUCUCAAGAAAAAGCAACAAUUUCAUAUCCAUGAAGCAGAAAUUCAUUUGUUGUAACUUAUAAAUUCAUAUGGAUUAGAUCUUUCUGCUGGUUGUAUGAUGAUUGGUAUGCAAAGAAUCCUUAGUCCAAUUGUAGCUUUUCACGCAUUUAUUUAUUUGAGAAAUGAAGUCAGUUCAUGUAG